AUGCGUUUUUUGGACAGCGGCAGGGCCAUCUGCGCGCUGCAGAACGCCAUGAUCAUCGCCCUCAUCUUCCGCAUGGGCACCGUGCCCCGGGCAGUCCAGCUGGCGGUGUCUGCCAGCCUGGCGGGCGCGGCGUGGUGGCUGUUUGGCGGCGCCUGCCCGCCCGCCCUGCUGACCACGCUGCAGGCGGGGUCGGUGGCGGUGCUGGCCCUGGGCGGCCGCUUGCCCCAGAUCCUGCUCAACGUGCGGCGGGGCGACAGCGGCGAGCUGAGCCUCAUCUCCUGCGGCCUCUCGCUGGCUGGCAACCUGGCCCGCAUCUUCACAACCGCCAUCCUGGUGCGGGACCCAAUCAUCCUGGGCAGCGCCACCACGCAGGCCAUGCUGAAUGGUGUGCUGACUUGGCAGUGCAUAGACACAGCGCGGCGGCUGGGGGGCAGCUCGCAGGCAGGUGGGGGCACCCCCGCUGCGCAGCCAGCGUGA